ACUGCUGCCACCUAGUGGAACAAGCCUGUUAUUUCUCUUGGCUGCCAGCCCCAGGAUCUUCACCACUAAGAAACCCCUAGGCCCUUGAAUUUGGAGACACAAGGCAAACGGGAGCCUCUGAGAGAAGGAUGCACACCCCUGGGAAGUCACCCAGCCCAGAGAGGGCCAAUACCUUGGCCCGGGGAGCAGAGUCUGUGGUCUUCAUAGACAGACCUGACUUCUUUGAUUACCCAGACUCAGACCAAGCCAGGCUCCUGGCCGUGGCCCAGUUUAUUGGAGAGAAACCUGUCCUCUUUGUUAACUCAGGAUCCAACUCUGACUUCUUCCAUCACAUCCUGCUGGGUGCUCUGGUAGUGGCCUUCCUCUUCCUGCUUUUCCAGUUCUGCACACACAUGAGCUUCCAAAAAGGGGCCUAAAGAGCUGGACAAGGACCUUGGACUCGGCCCUGAGUGCCCAAACCUGCCCUCCUUUCCUGCUGAUGAAUAAAAGUCUGCUUUUUUCUUCCCUGA